UCUAGAAGAAAAACCAACAAGGGGAAAUUCCUCCGCGCAGCGCGCCGUUGACUGUAAAGACCUUUCAACUUAACAAAAACUGAAGUUGACAAACGUAUCCCUGUCGGCUGAAACUGUGAGAAAGAGUUUGUUUUUUCGGCGAAGCGGGGGAAGCAGAAGAAGACGAUGCGGCUCUCGGUGGAGGUUUGCGGGCAUGUUUGUGGUAUUCUGUGAGUGAGCGACGGCUGUACGGCGGCGUUUUGUUUUGAUUUCCAUGUGAAACGCAAUUAGUGCUCCGCGGUGCUCUAUAGUUUGGCUCGCGCAGCGGAGCGCACUCUCAACUUGUUUCUCUCCUCGGGAGCACAACAUGGAGCAUUACCAGGAAGAUUUGGGACUCCGGGCCACCAAACUGAUGGAGGACCUUUCUUUGUACGAUGCGUACCAAGACGGGAUGUACGAUGCGAGGAGAGACUUGGUGAUUAACCCCGAUUUAGACUUUUCGACUCCGGCACUGGUUGAGCAUAAAACUAAGCCGAUGAAUGGUACCUCUGUGCUUCACCAGCAGCAUCACACAGUGGAGAAUUUCACGUCUGGGAAUAAAGUGUACAACGCGGCUCUCGUGCGCCCGGUGAAUUGCAACCGGACCGUUCCUGUGGAUUUUUGCGCCCCUCAGAGGGACGCAGUUUAUAAUGAGGAGGGCUGUUGCACCAAAUCCGAAGUGGCUUUGCCUUGUUAUACGGGCACUUCUGAGAGACACAGGAGGUACUCUGUGGAGGUGCAGGGCCACAGGUACAGCACCGGCUCCACCUUUGACGGCGUGCCGCUCAACAAACCCGUGGCUGUGCCCGGCAACAGGUGCAACAGUGUCUGCAUCGCCAGCAGCCACGAAGGGAGAUAUAACGCCACCAGUCCUCGCUCCAGCCUGGCAUCUUCUCUGUCUUCUCAGGAGCAGAGCAAGCAUGCCAGCCCGAGGUCGAGCAGCAGCAGCCCGCGUACCAGUUUGGUGGUACCGAGUCAGGACAGGUACACGAGCCCCAGGUCUAGUUUGGUUCACUGUGAAGGCAACAGUGUCCUCAGUCCCCGAUCCAGCUAUGCAAGCACCGCCAGCGACACGAGCAAACACUCCAGUCCCCGGGCCAGCCUCAACAGCUGUGACUGCUGCAGCAAGCCCAACAGCAACCGCACCAGCGGCAUCAGCAUGGGCUACGACCAGAGGCACACCAGCCCCAGGUCGAGCACGGCGAGCCAGUACUCCUUCACCACCAGCCCGAGGUCCAGUUACUCUGACUCUCGGUACGGGCCCGUGGUUAGCCAAGAUCUGGAGGGGGUAGUCUUGCACUCAGCGCCGCUGGCGAGCCCUCGCUCUAGCAUCUGCAGCCAGGACGGGAGCACUAGACCGGGGACCAGUGCAAACUGCGUGGUGAGUCCCCGGUCCAGCAUCUCCAGCCACAGCUCCAGAAGUUCCCGCAGCUCCAGGGGGUCUAUGAGCACCUAUCCAGAUCUGCAGCUGCCUUCCCCCAGGUCAUCCAUGCUGGGAACCAGUUUACACGAGGAUACGCUGCUGCAGGAGCUUGGAGACGCCAACGGGGUCCAGAAUCGCAUCCAUCUCCAGGGGCUUACGGCAGUGCCUGAACCCCAGCAGCAGUCAGGCCAGACGGGAGGGACUGCGGAGAUACCUUCAGGGUCACCUUCCUCAUAUAGUUAUGUCAUGCCCUCAAAAACGGCUUCCUCGGGCCAGAGGUUUAAGCUACCUUAUCAGGUGACCCCCAGUCGAGAGAGUGGGCCAAGCCAGGCGGAGAAAAGGCUGGAGGCACUCACCUUGGAGCUGGAGAAGGAGUUAGAGAUGCACAUGAAAAAGGAAUACUUUGGUAUCUGUGUCAAAUGUGGGAAAGGUGUGUAUGGAGCCAGCCAAGCGUGCCAGGCCAUGGGGAACCUGUAUCACACAAACUGCUUCACCUGCUGCUCCUGUGGGAGGAGGCUGCGAGGGAAAGCGUUCUACAACGUCAAUGGGAAAGUCUACUGUGAGGAGGACUUCCUGUACUCCGGUUUCCAGCAGACGGCUGAGAAGUGCUUUGUGUGUGGUCACCUCAUCAUGGAGAUGAUCCUGCAGGCACUAGGCAAGUCUUACCAUCCUGGCUGUUUCCGCUGCGUUGUGUGUAAAGAGGGUCUAGAUGGAGUGCCUUUCACUGUGGACGUUGAAAACAACAUCUACUGUGUCAAAGACUACCACACGGUUUUUGCCCCCAAGUGUGCCUCAUGUAACCAGCCCAUCCUUCCAGCUCAGGGCUCUGAGGAAACCAUCCGCGUUGUUUCAAUGGACAAGGACUACCAUGUAGAGUGUUACCAUUGUGAGGACUGUGGUCUCCAGCUAAAUGAUGAGGAAGGCCAUCGCUGUUAUCCACUGGAAGGCCACCUGCUCUGCCACGGGUGCCACAUCCAUCGGCUUCAGUCGCAGGUUCCUGCCCAUGCGCCCCCCAGCUACCCUCUCCAUGUCACUGAACUGUGAGGAGGAGGACUAAGCUCCACCUUCCAGGUGAUCUGGGACACCAGCAGUGGGCAACAAAAGGUCUGCACCGCCCUCAGCAGUUCCAGAAAAGCCUCUGUGUGGCCAUCUAAGCUACUGCCCCCGUCCUCAACUGGACAGCUGGGCCGUGGACUAACACACACAGUGGAGCUCCCACCACAAACCCUGCUGUUACAUGACAGGGUUGGGAAAAAAAAAGGUCUCCCCUUAUCCUCCAGCUGUGGCCCUUUCUAUCCCCCUCCCCCUUGGGUGCCUAACAAGCCAACAGGUCAGCUCACCCAGAGGCCCCCUAUGACGUCACAGCUCCUGACCCUGGCACAUUCAUCAAAGAGAGCGCUUUUGGAUUGGAGGAGAGAGCAGAAACGUAUCUCUCUCCUUGCUUUCCCUCUCAUCCUUUCCAUGUUUUCACUCCUGUGCUGUGACUGAAGCAGUUCACCGCAGUGAAUUCACCAGUGCUGUCACAUAUGAGAACGCUGCUGAUGUCGGCAUCAGGAAGGGCGGGGAACGAGCCACUGCAUUUCAGUGCUGGCUGGACCAGACAGGCCCAAGGGUGGGCAUGCUGUGCCUUCAGAGUGGGUUCUCCCUGUGCAGCUUCUAACACUGAAAUGGAGUCCUGCUAAAGGCUAUGCAAAGGACACCCAACAUCAUGACACAGGGCUGUGAUGAAAAACUGUCACCCUGCACCACCUCGACAUCACCGAUGCACCGUAGCACCACAAGCCCAGAGGACUGACUGACAUUCCACUUAGAAGUCUAAGACAACACCUCGAGAGAUUCACAAGCAGUGUCUUAAUUAAUGAUUAUAUAAUGAGAGAAAAAUUUAGAUGCACAUAGAUCGUCUUUUAUAUAUGAAUAUAUAUUUUGGAGAUGUUUUCCACAUAAGAUCUUAGAUGUAGAUUCUUUUUUUUUGUUUUCUUUUUAAUGUUGCUGCCCUCGUGGUAGAAAUCAGAGGUGAAACAGUCUGAAGCCUCUGAAGCUUUCGGUCUGUCGUGUCAUUUCUCCUCCAGGACAGAGAGCUUCUUCAUGUCUGUCAGAGAUUCGCAGGCUUUGUAGGAACAGACCGGGAUCAAAUAGUAUUUGCCUUCAGUUGUUUUGUCUCACUUUGAACACCCAGUGAAAUGAGUUGUUGCUUUUACCCCUUAUCCACUGUAGACAGCUUACAAAUCAAGCAUCGCAUUAGUUCAAGGCAGGCCAUGAAAUCAGUCUUGGGUGCAGUACUACCAUAUCUGCUAUUGGCCAAGCUGACACCCUUCUACACAUCUAAUUAACAAAUCACAAACAGGGUGUGCUAUUUAAUUGGCUUUAGCCUGACUACAGGUGCUGCACACCUAUAAGUCACAUUGUAAAAUGUAAAAAAAAAAAAAAAUCUUUAUUUCAGACCCUUUAAACUUUAUUGUAAUUCCUUUGUCAUCAUACCACAAGUCAUCAAAGUUAUCACUUGAAGAUUAAGACUUAAUUUAAUCCUUACGUCUUAAAAGAUUAGCAGAAGAUAAAUCUUUUAAAUUCAAAGGAUUAGGGCUUUUGGUGCAACACCAAAAGACACUCAGCAUUUGCACAAGGCAGAUGUCCACUGCUGACAGGAAAAACUCCAGCUGUGACUCACUGUUGGUGAAAUUUCCAAAUCUAAAGCAUUCAUUCAUAUUUUUUUUUUAAUCAUUUGUUCUCAAAGUGGGUCUGGGGGUCCAUAACCUAUAACUAAGGAGCCCUCAGAAUAAAUUCCUGUAAGUUAGAAAAGUGUUUUUAAUUGUUUGAAAGCACAGAUUUCCCUCCCAUAUUGUAUUUGGGCCACUAGAAACUCUGAUGUGAUUGUGAAGCAUCACAUCAAUCUGUCACAAAGUCUUACUUCUCUCAGGGUGCAUUGUAAUGUUCCUGUUACUACAUAGCUUGGCUUUAUUAGACAGCUAGAUUGCUGGGGAGCAUGGAAAAAUAUCAGCCCACAUCAUCAGUGACACUAAACACGAUUAAUCUGUUUCAGGAUUAUAAUAUAGUUCUCCGAACCCCCUCCUCCCUGUGAGAACCCCUGGUUUAAACCAGGAAAAAAGUAAUUUUAUAUAGGUUAUAUUCUCAGAUGAAAAUAGUUUUUAAAGCUACUAGACUGGAACAGUGUCUUUCUGGUGGGCUGGUGAUUGUUAUGCUGGUGAGCAUAUUUGUUUGGACCAGGAAGUAGCUACAUUCCUUUAAAAGAGAGACCUGAAAGGCCUCAGGCACUGACACUUCCUCUGCUUCUGUGGGUAGUCAAAAUGAAAUAAAGCAGACUGAAUGCUUAUCUACAAAAUCUACAAAUACUUUUUUACCCAGGUCUGUUCAGGGCGCUGUUUCCUGAUAUGUUUUGCAAACACUGUUUUUUUUUUUUAAAUCACAUCAGCAAAUCAUGUGUUACUAUGAGGAACCUCUGCUUGUCCACAUGCCUUAAGACAGAACAGGUUUGUUUGUGUGUCUUGCUCUGGUCUGCCAUGAAGUCUGCUGUUGUGUUUCGGGGGGGAUGUACCUGUAAACACGGAGCUGCUGGUCCCACCCAUGUUUUUUAGGGAGUCCCACCCGCACCCCCUCUUUUGAUUGAUAGCGUGCGUGUGUGUUGGCAGGCAUGUGCGUGUUUUAGUGAGUGAUGUGCGUAUAUAUGUGUAUAUGCAAAGGAAGACGAACAUGAGGCAUAAACUUCAAGUUGAGGCAGUGCUGGAAAAAUUCCCACCCUUCCCAUUUGGACUUUUAUCAUGAAUUUAAUUGGAUUGGCACUCAAUUGAUCAUUCCCUGAUGAUAUUUAGGGGAUUUCUUUUACUGAGAACAUUCUUAUUUCUGAAAAUAUCUGAGCUUCUGCAGAUGAACUCCAACAAUAUGAGCUUAUUUAAAAAAAAAAAAAAUUGUUUGCGUGUGUGUAUUAGUGGCAGGGCCAUGGCACAUGCACCUCACUGUGUUUGCAGGGCUUGGAAGCAUCCAGCACGCUGACCCUCGCUCUCUCAAACCUGGUAAUGAUUGUGUUGAUGCUGUCUGUCCAUCACGUACCAUAAUCCAGAUGUUUGCAUCUAAUUUUUGGUGUUUGUUUGAACUCCUCUCUUGCACCAUACUGGAGCUCCAACGUGAGGUUUACACAUGUUCCAGUUGCUGAUACAUCCAACUUUGACUGUAGCACUUAAACUCCACCCGUCACGUAUGCAAACUCAAGUAAAACAAUCACCAACUGUUAGUUGCAAAUGCUGGCCGAGCUGUUAUUCCUACUGUAGUACACGCAGGUCUGAUUAAAUACUACUGAAUGUGUCCAAAACAGACUGAAGCACAGACUGAAGGCAGGGGUCACCGCAGGGCCAAAAGGGCUUUUUGAUGUAACCUGAUAGAAUGAGAUUCAUUUGAAUGUAAUAAUGAUUAGUAUCUGUAAAAGGAAAAAGGACUGCAUACUGUAUGUGAGACAUUCCCUUCAUGUUUUGAUGUUCUUAACCUCAACUUUGUACAAGGGUUAAGUAAUGUGUGCUAUACUUGAAAAAUGAGGCAUUUUCUGAACUUAUGUGAGCACUAUCAACCCCCGUGAACAACUUUACAAGCCCAGUGUAUCCACCCCCCCUCAAAGAUGUCUUAAUUCACUUGUUUAAAAGUACUACUUCAGUUUCUGUUGCAUAGCACACAGCUAGUUACCCUGUACAUAAAGAGCCUAGUUUAUUUUAUAAUUCUGUCAAAAAUCACUUGGAAAGAGAAGAUUUCUUCUUCUACUGGUAGUUCCAAUAAGCACAUCUCGACACCUGUCACACACCUUUUAUAUCGCUAAGUGUUUUGAUUACCUAGAUGGUUCAUUUUAAAAAAGGAAACUAGAUCUAUUUAUCUAAACAUGAAAAAGUCUAAAGUUAUUUAAUGUAUUAAAAUCGGGACGUAUCAUUUAACUGUAG